GGUGCCUUGCCUUUGUCCCGGGGGGACGCUCCUCGUCUGCCCUCGAGACAGACCCUCCACUUUCCUGGGGCCUUUGGAGUGCCUUUCCUCCGAGGCGGUCUUGGACCCCUCGGCGGUCUGGCCCUCCUCCGAGCCGGUUGAGGGCGGAGGUGCGGGGCCGUAUACUCCAUCAGCUACGUACUAAACUGAGGAAGGACGACCAAACUCGCCACAUCUUUUACAGCCGCAGAUGUCCGCUCGCCGUCGACUGCCUCUCGUCUCCGUCACUGCCGCUCGUCUGGUUGUCUGCUACCGCUCUCCGUCGCUGCUCCGGCUCACCGCUGACUGCUACGGAUCGCCGCCGUGCCGCGUGACUACUCCGGCUCGCUGUCGACUGCUCCGGCCCGCCGUCGCAUAGAUAAAGGAAUUGAUCGAGAUGGCAGAUAGCCUUCAGAAUAGACAGUUUAGCAACUUUCACAGGCGCUUUUGUCCGCAGACUUGUUCAAGAACAAUGGAACCCCGAUGUCAUAUAUGAAUUCUGAGCGGAGGGAGUUCUUGCAAAAAACUUUGCCAAAAAGUGUAUUACUAAGAAAUUCAGAUAUGAAAAUUUGGAGCGUGGGGAUAACACAAACUGAAGUUGGUGUUUACUUCAACUCAACAAGGGUUGGGAAGAGUUUAUGGCCGACCAUGGUUUAAAAAGUGGCCAUCAUUUGGUUUUUGAGUAUGACGGUAAAGGUGUUUUUGACUUUUUGAUAUUUGACGAUGAGUCAAAUGUGAAGAUCGCGGUUACAAAAAGGGUGAGAAAAAAUGACAGUGGAAAGGCACUGAAAACUCUUCCGGUGGAUUCAGGCCGCACUUCUAUAAUUCCAAAAAUCAAGAAAGAAACAGACAUGGAGGUUGGUGGUGAUCAUGGUGGCAAAAGGAAAGACGAAGAGAAGGAGGCGGUAGCAUCAGAUAUGCCUGAGGUUCCACAUUCGAAGAACGACAAAGGACAGAUGGUUGUGCUGGGGAGAGAAAGUCCAAGGUGGAAAUUAAGGAUGUCCCCGACAAUUAUGGACUACUUGAUAUUUUCAAGUUUGGGCGUUAUGCUCAACCAACAAACCCUUAUUUUGUGACAAGAAUCCAUCGAGGAAAGCGCAAUGACUUGUACAUUCCGAUGGAUGUGCUCGAGGAUAUCACAUUGCCUCCAUCUAUAAUCCUGUGUGACCCGAGAGGAAAAGAAUGGAAAACGAAGACAAAGGUUUCGGGUGAUGGGCGAACAUGGCUGACUGGGGUUGGAGGGAUCUAUGCCGAUGAAAUCUCGUGGAAAUAAAUCAUAGGGUAGUUCACCGGCUUCGACAAGUCACAAUUGUGUAGCAUCGAUGUGAGGUUGUGCACGUUGUAACUAUCACAAUUGUGACACCUCCGCUCGCAGCCCGUCCCUCUGCUCGCCGCCCACAGGUUUUCCCUCCGCCCCAGUCGCAGCGCUGCUAGAUGCCCACAGAACUUCCAUUCACUGCCCAGUGGCCCACAAAAUGCAACCUUCUUCUCUGGGGACGACGAUCUGCGUCCUUACUUUCCGAAGAACUGAAAAGACAGGCGGUUUAAAGAGGGCUCGGUUGACGGGCCUUGCCAUUUUUCCCCUUCCAUUGGAAAUAAAAUACAGAAAUUUGUAUUGUCACAGGGCUUACGCACAAACAGGGCUACUUUCUACGGACAGGAUAAUCAUCAGCGCAAACAAGUUGUGUAGCACUGCAGCGAGGUCAUGCACGUCUGAAGUUAUCACCCCAUAUGCUCGUACGCUCUGUGUCUUACCUUGUGCCCAUACACCAUGCUCGUACGCUCGGACCAUGACGGAUUGAAGAGGGAGAUGACAGGAACACACGUCAGAUGCAACUUUCCAUUCACACAGAACACUCUCGACUGCCCGACGUCCAUUGCGUACAAGAGAUCUUGUUCUAUAAAAACACCACUUAAUUAGUAAAACAUUGUUAUGGUAUGUAGAUUCUAAAAUAUUAUUCGUUCAAAUUAAUUUUGUACAGCAUAAUUAUAUAUCGCCUUUCUUUAAUGUGAUGUAUAAAGUAUAAACUGCAUGAAGUUAUGAAGCUUUAACCACUCAAGUUCAGAUUUUAC